AUGUUGCGCAAAGUAACCACUUGUGUCAAGGCAAAUUCAUUUGUGCCGGGUGACAUCGGUGGAGCUUUGGAUACGAACGCGAUAUUCCUCUUUGCAAAUAUCGUGGCCAUGGUAAGAUGCACCAUCACAAAGGUCUUGACGCAGCUAGACUGCGUGAUUCUUAUGCAUCUGUCGGGGGGGACCGUCUUCUCGGUCCUGAGCCUCUGGGGAUACCGAACUUGCCAUUAUCUCGGGGAAGGUCCAAAGGGCAUUCGACAUUUUGGAGGGUUUGGCACGCAUCUCAGACUUCUCCUCUCGAUGGCGGUUGCGGUAUAUGGUCUGUGGUUCUGGUGGUUCGGUAUCCUACCAGACACUACCGCUGUCAUGAUCGACACUGGACCAUGUCGGACCGUCUACACUUUUAUGUUCGCCAAAGUCCGUGCCAAUGGUGGUGUGAGAAUCUUUUACAUUAUCGUCUGCAUUGGCUGCGUCAUCUAUUUCGGCGUCAUGCUGCUCGCGUCCUCCCUAGCUCUAUACGCAAGGUUUGCAAAGGGGGUCGACCUAGCCAAGCGAAGGAAAUGGCGAACGAGCACUCGAUUGCACUAUGCUACAGGGCUCUACCAAAAAGAACUGCGCAGAAUCUUCUACUUGCUCAGGAUCGGCAAUUUUCUCUGGAUUCUGUGGUCGAUGAUUCUAGUUGAGUGUACUCUCAACUUCAACCAUGUCAAGGAAGUGCUGGGCCCUGGAAAUCGGAUUUUCUUCCCUUCCCAGCUGAUUCCGUUAAUUAUCGGCUGCUUCAGUUUUGUCCGGUUGGGUUACAAAGUACUCGAAAAGUGCCGUGACCCUGACGACGAACCGUCACUUCCAACAGAGCCUCAUCAUUCCAAAACACGGCAGGACUUCCCUGGGCCGAGGAAGCUCUUCAAAGUCUUUGCGCCACCGACCAACUUUGUCAACACAGGUCCUCAAGUGCCGGAAGAUAUCCCGCUGGAAGACACAGACAUAGACGAGCUUGUACAAGGCGAGCCUAUACGGGUGCGAUAUCUAGUUACCUGGCUUCCCUGGUUGUCCUUGCUGCAUUGGUGGACGAGCGAUGAGCCGAAGCGCCAAAAUUCGCACAAACGUGAUGCCAACUUGGAAAAGGGUCGCUCCCACUCACCAACCUCGACGCUGCAGGGAUCACCUACUACUCCGACAUUUGUGAAUCCUUAUAAACCACAAAUCCCGUAA